CAGACGUCAAAAUCGUAAAAAUGGCAGCUGCACAAGCAAAUCCCCCAGAGGUCGAGGAGCGGCUAAAGGCGCUGACCAAUUACCGCACCAAGCUCCUGGAACACCGCGAGAUCGAGUCCAAAUUGAAGGCUUUGCGGGACAAGCACAAGGUCGUGAAUGCCCAGUACGAGAAGUCCGAGGAGGACCUGAAGGCUCUCCAGAGUGUGGGUCAGAUGCUCGGUGAAAUUCUGAAGCAGCUCACCCCGGACAACUUCAUCGUGAAGGCCUCGAAUGGACCGCGCUAUGUGGUCGGGUGUCGCCGACAGAUAAACAAGGAGAAGCUGAAGGCCGGCACUCGGGUUGCUCUGGAUGUGACCACUUUAACCAUUAUGCGCUAUCUGCCCAGGGAGGUGGAUCCCCUCGUGUACAACAUGACCCAUGAGGAUCCGGGUAAUGUAAACUACGCUGAGAUCGGUGGACUUGGUCAGCAAAUCCGUGAGCUUCGCGAGGUCAUUGAACUGCCGCUACUGAAUCCAGAAAUAUUCCUACGCGUCGGCAUCAAUCCGCCCAAGGGAUGCCUGCUCUACGGACCACCUGGCACCGGAAAAACUCUCCUGGCCCGCGCCAUCGCCUCCCAGAUGGACGCCAACUUCCUGAAGGUUGGAGGGACUGGAGUGCAGGUCUUGAUAAGGGCGCCCGAAUCCCAGUGUGCCGAGCUACAGACACGCACACCUAAUUACACCUGCGAUAGCGUUGUGGCGCAAACAAAUCAUUGCCGAAUUAAUCGAGAGAUUCGGGAGGUGAUUGGUAUUAUCAGAAGAUUGACUACUGAUUUGGCGCACUCAUGGCAGUUAAAUGGUGCUACUCAGUGCGGCUUGCCACUUAGUCGUUCGCGAAAUUCGAACUACUUUGCAGGUGAUCUCGGGAGUAUGCGACUAAUCGAUUUUGGUGGUCUCUGUCUUUGGACAGUUCUGCUGCUCAGCGGAGAUUUGCACACUGCGUUAGCCCAGUUGACGAAUGUGUGCCAGAAUCAGGAGGAUGGCACGAGACUUCCGUUGGCCACCCACUGUUCCCGAUUUGUGCUUUGCCUGAAGGGAGAGGUUUCUAUUAUCGGCAGCUGCCCCCGGGGACUCCACUUCAAUCGGGAGCUGAGGGAGUGCGACUUCCAGUGGCGAGCCAAUUGCUUGGGACUCUCGGCUUUUGCCGGAGUGGAUGAUCAGUGUACCUGCGAUUGCUGUGCCGAGGAGUGCCAAGAUCCCAUUGACGAUGUCGACGAACCUACCACUGCGGUCACCGAGGACUGCGAUCCGGAUACGCCCACCUCAGUCACGAAUCCCUCGGAUUCCACGGAUUCGACGGAUGCAACAACGGACCAUGAGGAUAGCAACAACUCCUCCAAUACCACACCAUCGAGUCCAGGUGUGGUGCCCACGUAUUGCAAGAGUUCUCGCACGGAUUGCGUAAAUCAGGAAACUGGCACCUACAUAGAUAUGCCCGGGAUCUGCGUGAGGUUUAUCCAAUGCAACAGUGGUUGUGCCGAGGAACUCCAGUGUCCUUCCGGCUUGUACUUUAACACGAAGAUAGACGAUUGCGACUACUGGUGGAACGUGGACUGCACUCCCACCGCCGAUGGUUCCACUGAGAUCGAGGGCCCAUCGGGAACCACCUGCUCCAGUCAGGGCAGGUGCGCUGGUCAGAGGGAUGGCCACAUGAUCGAGGACCCCGAUACGAAUGGAUACUUCGUCUGCCAAUGCCAGUGCCCCAUUGCGAUGCCCUGUUCCGAGGGUCUGAAGUUCAACGAGACUGCCCAAGUGUGUGAUUGGAUUAGGGGCACUGGUACCGCAAUUGGUUCCUCGACGGUUGAAUGUUACGGUGACCUCGUCUACAAUGCCACCUCGGAUCAGUGCGACUAUCCGGAGAACUAUGUGCCCAAGGUAGACUGCAAUACCACCAGCACCGUGUGCCAAAAUCAGCAGGAGGGCGAACUCUUUCCGGUGGAAGGCAAGUGCAACAUGUUCUACAAGUGUAACUUCAACUGUGCCGUGGAGCAGUAUUGCCCAAACAACUUGGUCUACAAUCCCAAUACCGAAGAAUGCGAGUACCCACAGGACUACGAUUGCCCGUGGGAGUAUACCCCGCCCUCUGGUCCCAACGCAGGACCUUCGGGAAUCGCUUGCGAGAGUAAUGGCCGUUGCUUGGGAGAACACGAGGGUACCUACUUCAAUUCCACCACAAAUUGUGGCCAGUACGUCGUCUGCCAGUGUGAGUGUGAGGUCGAGAUGGAGUGCCCCGAUGGCUUAUACUGGGACCAAAAAUUGUUAACCUGCAAUUAUAAAGACCUAGUGGCAUGCACUCUUUAA